UUCUCAUUUGCCAGAUCUUAAAUCUUCGAUUGAGGGAGCUGGAGAUGCAGCGCCUUCGUGAGGCUGAGCUUGAAAAGCAGAAGCAGGCAGAGGGCAGGGAAAAAUUGCGAAACCUCAACACUAUCCAGGAAGAGAUCCUGCAGCUCAACCAGCUGCUGGAACCGUCCACACAAACCAUCACUGACCUCCCCCCCAGUAGCCUCAGCUCUUACAGCAGCCGUGGGAACCAGCUGUGCUCCCAAGUGUCGGAGGUGGUGAGGAAGACGGCACAGGGAGAGUUUCCCAGUGCUGAGGACAUGACGGCAGCAGAUCGAGCUCUCCACGACAUGAGGGAUCUUAUCCACCUGAUGCAGCAGGAGGUAACCAAGGCUCAAGAAAGGAAGAAAAAGAAGCAGGAGCAGGAAAAGGAGCUGUGGAAGCAGCAGGAGCUUCAGGCCCAGCAGGACGUGCAGAGGAAAGCUCAGCAGUUAACUAUUGAAAAGGCCCCCAAAAAAGGGCUGCAGAACAGUGCUGACAGCGUCACUAUCUCGUGGUUUAAAGAACUGCAGGAUUCAGCUGUUCGGUGCACUCAGACUAUUGAGCCACUAUCCUCUUCAAAAGACUCCCAAACAAAGAAACUGAAGCUGGAGCUUCAGAAAGCAGCAACCAUCCCUGUCAGCCAAAUUUCUAGCAACUCCGGCAGGAAACUCAAAGAAAUCUUCAACAAGAUCAACAACUUGCUUUUGGGUCAGUCAGUUGUGUCUGGAGGGAAGCCGAUCUCCAGCUCUCAGCACCCACUGGCCCUGAACUUUAUUAGCUACAAACUAGCUGAGAAAUUUGUGAAACAGGGUGAGGAGGAGGUUGCAUCUCACCACGAAGCAGCCUUCCCUAUUGCCGUGGUGGCCUCUGGAAUCUGGGAGCUGCACCCUCAUGUGGGAGACCUCAUACUGGCUCAUUUGCAUAAGAAGUGCCCCUACGCAGUCCCACAUUACCCCCCAAUGAAGGAUGGCACUCCUGUGGAGGAAUACCAGAGGAUUCUCGGUUACCGUGUGGAUGACAACGGCGUGGAGGGUCAAGACAGCUUCCUGAAGAGAAUGUCCGGGAUGAUCCGGUUCUAUGCUGCCAUAAUCCAGCUCCGGUGGCCCUUUGGCUCCAAACAGGGGUCUACUCCUCACGGCCUGGAACAUGGCUGGCGCUGGCUGGCUCAGAUGCUGAACAUGGAGCCUCUGGCAGACAUCACUGCGACGCUACUGUUUGACUUCUUGGAGGUUUGUGGCCAUGCAAUGAUGACCCGGUACCAGAGUCAGUUCUGGAAAGUCCUCCUGCUCCUCAAAGAAGAGUAUUUCCCCAGAAUUGAAGCAGUGACCAGCAGUGGAGAACGGGGGUCAAUCAUCAGACUCAAACAGUUUUUGGAGACGUCACUGCAGAGGAGACAGAUCAGUCCACCUAAAGGCCAACUGACUUCCACCUUCUGGAUGUCUUAUGAAUAAAGACAGGAGCAGCUGCUGCGUUGAAUAGUUGUCUGUGGCCAGAAGCAGCAGCUCCUGUGAAGAAGCUGAGGACCGAAGUUCUGCUUUAUGUCCACUAUGGAUAGAUGAGGUCAUGAUUUUUAUUUUCUUUAUGUUUCUAAAUUGUCAAACAAAUUUGUGGACUUUACGCCCCAAUAAGACAUUUGAUAGUGCUGUGUAGCCAUUUUUUUUUUUUUUUUUAAAUACAUGUUCCUUCCUCUGAGUUUGCGUCAAAUGGUCUCAUCCAACCAAAAUGCUCGCCUGAAACUACUAUUACUUGAUAUCCUGAUAUCUGAAAUGCAGCAAGAGCUUAAUGCCUCUUAAUAAAUGUUAAAUGAAGAACA